AUGGCGCGCAUACCGACCCGCGAGCUGGCCCGCUACCUCUUCAACGGCCAGCUCUCCCGUCAAGGUUGCUUGGCCUCGACCCGACGAUCAUACAUCCGCCUACCGGCGCGUUCCGCACUAGCCCUGCCGUCCGCUCCCCGGCUCGGAGAGUCGAGAGCAACAUACGCGACAGCUCAGCCCGCAACAGCAGCAUCGCAAGAAGCGCCGCCGGUACCGUUAAGAAAGAAACUCAAGGAGGAGAAGAAACAACUGAAAAAGGAAACAAGAGGCCAAAAGCCCAAGGGAAGCAACCAGACAGUCGAGGGCUGGGAGUUGACCGUCGGCAUCGAGAUCCACGCCCAACUCAACACGGCACGAAAGCUCUUCUCACCGGCCGCGACAUCCUUCAAUGACGACCCAAACUCCCACGUAGCGCUCUUCGAUGUCGCCAUGCCGGGCUCUCAGCCGAGGUUCCAAAAGGAAACCCUGAUCCCGGCCUUGCGCGCGGCGUGUGCUCUCAACUGCGAUAUUCAGCCCGUCAGCCGGUUCGACAGGAAACAUUACUUUUGGUGGGACCAGCCGUCGGGGUACCAGAUCACGCAGUACUACGAGCCCUUUGCCCGCAACGGCGAAAUCGAGCUCACUGCGCGGGACGGCAUCGCUGCCGAAGACGGGGAGAGCGUCACGAUUGGCAUCCAGCAGAUACAGAUGGAGCAGGAUACCGCCAAGACUCUGGCGCAGCCUAACGACGUCUCCUGGCUUGACUUUAAUCGCGUCGGCAUGCCUCUGAUUGAGAUCAUUACGAAGCCGGAGCUUCAUCACCCUCGUACUGCCGCCGUGUUCGUCCGCAAGAUCCAGAUGCUGCUUAACGCUGUCGAUGCUUGUGUGUCGGGGAUGGAGACGGGCGGUUUGCGUGCCGAUGUGAACGUCUCGGUGCGGAGGACUGGUGAUCCGAAUACGCCGCUCGGUACGCGGACGGAAAUCAAGAACUUGAGCACCAUCAAGGCUGUUGAAGACGCCAUCAUCGCCGAGCGUGAUCGGCAGAUCAAGGCUCUUGAUGCAGGCGAGACGAUUGCGAGCGAGACGAGGGGGUGGACUUUGGGAUCCAAGCAUACCCGGCGUCUGCGAGGCAAGGAGGGCGAGGUGGACUACCGCUACAUGCCGGACCCCGAUCUGGGCCCCCUUGUGAUCGGCCAAGAUCUCGUGGACCAUAUCAGGGCCUCCGUCAAGGAGCUACCUGACAUUGAGCUGACGGAGCUGAUUGAAAAUUACGGCUUGACGGCCAAGGAUGCGGUCUCCAUCAUGGCACUCGACGACGGCGGCAGGCUAGAGUUCUUUUACAAGGUCGUUGACGAGCUCCGGGGUCAAUUGGAGAGCGCGGGGCUGGAGACCAACCUGCACGACUACGCUUCCCUUGCCGGCAACUGGAUCCUCCAUGAGCUAGGUCGCUUGACGACGGACAAGGCCGACCCGGAAGCCGCCCAACGGACAUUAGAGAUCUCCCCAGAUGGCUCCUGCGAAGCAGUCCCGCAUUCCGCACUCGCCGGCAUCCUCUUCCACCUCCAGAAGCGGGAUAUCACAGGCAAAGUCGCCAAGGAGCUCCUGGUGGCCCAAUAUCUCGGCAACCUGGACGAAUUCGCCUCCGUUACGGACGCCAUCACGACACACGAGCUGUGGUUCAAGGAAAUGUCGGACGCGGAGUACCGACAGCUCUCAGAAGAGGCCGUCGAAGGAGAGGACAAGGUUUUGAGGGAAUUCAUGGACAAGAAGAAGUAUCCCCAGGGCAAGCUCAUGUACCUCGUCGGUAAGAUGAUGCGCAUCGGCGAGACGGAGCGGAUCGACCCCUCGGGCGCCGAAAAGGUCAUGCGUCAGCUCAUCAAGGAGCGGACGGGCGCGCGUCAGGACUGA